UUGUGAAUGAGCCAAAACGUUUGCUUUCGCUGCGAGGAAAACUUUUUUUGACAGCUGUCACAUAACUGUCACAUAGCUCGACAAAAACAAUGUCAGUUCUUGUGGGCGGUGGCACAGGAUUUAUUGGCAAACGACUGACAACACUGCUGACAUCUAGCGGAUAUGAUGUGAAAGUCGUUUCUCGUAUGCCGGGAAUGAAUCGGAUUACCUGGCAUGAUUUGGAAGCAAAUGGUCUGCCCCGGGGGACAACAGCUGUAGUCAAUGUUGCUGGACAGAAUGUUCUGGAUCCUACACGGCGAUGGACUCCAGGAUUCAAACAGAAUGUCUGGAAUUCCCGUGUUAAUAGCACAGCUUCAAUGGUGAAGGCCAUCACAAAGGCCCCCGCGGAGUCUCCUGGGGUAUUUGUGAAUGUCUCCGGAGUCAGUUUGUACCCCUCAGCUGGUACCGAAUCAUGUGAAAUCUACGACGAAGACCAUCCAGGUGUGGAAUAUGACUUUAUGUCACGUCUCUGCUUUGCCUGGGAAGCUGCAGCUGAUGUACCCCAAUCAACGGGCUGGCGUGGAGUACGGCUGAGAACUGGGGUUGUUCUGGGACGCGAAGGUGGAAUGAUUGGAAAUAUCUAUCUGCCCUUCUGCCUUGGAUUGGGCGGUCCAGUGGCAUCGGGGCAUCAACCACUACCGUGGAUUCACAUUGAAGACCUCUGUGCCAUUAUUCUUCUGGCCCUGAAGAAGUCAGACUUCCAGGGAGCUGUGAAUGCCGUAGCGCCGCAAAUUGUCACGAAUGCGGAAUUUUCAAAGGCUUUUGCCAAAGCCCUAAGGCGUCCGGCACCCUUUAGAAUCCCUGAACCCAUCCUAAAUGCAAUGUUUGCCCGGGAACGUGCUGUCCUGCUCACCACAGGUCCCCGUGUAGCCUCUAAACGUCUCCCUGAGCUGGGAUUCACAUUCAAAUAUCCGGACAUUAAUUCGGCGUGCAUGGAAGUAGUCGGGAGGAAACGGUAGAGAGAACUUCCUUGUGAGAGGGAGAUGGGGCAUGUUCCUGCUGCGAUUAUUUAUUUGCCUAUUUAUUGAAAUUUUAUUAGUUGGUAAUUAAAUGGUAAUUUUUAACAGGUAGAAAAAAAUUCCCUUCCAGGAAUAACGAGUUAAUAAAACCCAAAGGAUUAUAAUUAAA